AUGAUGGCUUCUCAUGCGACUAUGUCGUCUCCGCCAGCAGGACCCAAGCUUGAUUUGUCCAAGAAGUUAUCCGAGCUGCGAGCUAGUCGCAAGUCUCACUCUGGCCUCUCGUCCAGAGAGCCCGCCCCGGUGACACCUCCUCUCCCCAGUCCACCAGAUCUAUCGACUCAUACCUAUGCACGACCUGUUCGGCGUAUCCUAUCGCGGAAAGACCACGAAACUUUUCUUGCAUCGUCGACCUACACUCUCGUUGUCGGCUUCAUUUUCGGCCUCUCUGAUUCAGUAAGAGGACAUGCGGUUACAGAUAACAAAGACCAACCUGCCUCCCCAAACAUCUCCAGAAUUCUAUCCGUGAUAGAUAAUAUUAGACAACUCGUUGACAAACAUCCUUCCAUUGACCAAGGCGGUUCAAGGUUCGGUAACCCGGCUUUCCGCGACCUCUUCGAUGAUGUGGCUGCGCAGAGUGCGACAUGGCAUAGAGAUAUCAUCGGGCUACAGAAUGCGGACGCCAUAGAGGAAGUAUCAUCAUAUUUGGUCCACUCCCUGGGAUCGCGGGACCGGUUGGAUUAUGGUUCAGGACAUGAGUUGAACUUUAUGAUGUGGCUAUUGUGCCUUCGACAGAUGCAGAUGAUAUCGACGGCAGACUUUGCAAUGAUCGUUUUCAGAGUGUAUCUCGAGUAUAUGCAUCUCAUGCGGCAAGUACAAAUGACUUAUUACCUGGAGCCUGCUGGCUCACAUGGUGUGUGGGGUUUGGAUGACUACCAUUUUCUGCCCUUCCUCUUCGGUGCCGCCCAGCUUGUGGAUCAUCCGUACAUCACACCGUUAGCGAUCCACAACACAGCAGUAUUAGACGAAGAAGGAGACAGGUAUAUCUAUCUGGAUCAAGUGCGAUGGGUAGACAGCGUGAAGACGGUCAAAGGCCUCCGGUGGCACAGUCCCAUGCUGGAUGACAUCUCCGGUGCCAAAAAUUGGCUGAAGAUUGAAGGAGGCAUGAAGAAAAUGUUCAUCAAGGAGGUCCUGGGCAAGUUACCCAUUAUGCAGCAUUUUCUAUUCGGCAGUCUGCUACCCGCUGACCCAAGCAUGGGAGAGCGCACGGAUGAUGCGGAUGAGGAGCUCCAUGAUCAUGGAGAUGGUAAUCUUCACGCCCGUCACACUGAUCAUUUCGGAGAUUGCUGCGGCAUCAAAGUGCCGAGUACAGUGGCCGCUGGAGCCGAAAUGAGGAAACGAAUCGGCGGAACAGGUUUACGACCAAUUCCUUUUGAUUAG